AUGGUGGCGGUCAAGUAUAUGGGAGAGUAUAACUACAUCCCAUCCAUACCGGCAGCUGUGAUCUUCGCCGUGAUAUUCGGCAUAGCAUGUAUAGCGCAUUCAUGCCAGAUGUACCGCAAUCGGACAUGGUUCUUUAUUCCAUUCAUAUGCGGAGGCAUCUUUGAAAUCGCAGGAUACGCUGCUCGCGCCAUUUCUGCCAAUCAAUACCCGAACUACACCAUCGGUCCGCUCGCAGUACAGGCCGUCCUCAUCAUGGUAGCGCCUUCGCUCUAUGCCGCGACUAUCUAUAUGACACUCGGCCGAAUCAUGAUUGUCAUCGGCGCCGGUAUGCUUGUCCAAGUCAGCACAGCAGCAAAUGGCGAAAAGAUCAUCAAGAUUGGCCUGAUCGUCCAAAUCAUUUUCUUGGCUCUAUUUCUUGUCACCAGUGUCAGCUUUCACAUUCGACUCUCGAGAGGUGGGUCGGCAUAUUCGAUGCAGGUUCCGUGGAAGAGACUCCAGAUGGCCUUGUACAUUACCAGUGCGUUGGUCUUUGUACGUUCAAUCUUCCGGUUCAUUGAGUACGCUCUUGGGGGUAGCGGGCCAUUAUUGCAACAUGAGUACUGGUCGUAUAUCUUCGACGCGUGUCUUAUGGUUCCUGUCAUGCUUGUGUUUAAUAUAAUUUAUCCCGGUGAGAUUGGAGAGCUUCUCCGGGAGAGGAAAAAGGGCGGUGAUGGGAUCGAGUUGCUCGAGGAGCAAAGAUAUCAAUCAGGAAACUAUCCGUAG